AAAAGCUCUAAGAUAUCGCCGCCUCUCGAAAACCUAACUAAGCUAUCUUCUCAACUUGUCUCCAAUGGAGGGAUCCACGAUCAAAGGGGUGAGUCUGCUGACAUUGAACGAAAGUGAUUCUAAGAAAACCAGACCAAGAAAACGCGACAUUGGGAGGAUUCGCGUAAUGGGAUAUAGCACUGAGCUUCCCGGUGAUGAUGUGGAAAGCUCGUUGAGAAAACAUUUCUCUUCAUGUGGAGAGAUCACAGAUGUUUGUGUGCUCGUACUCGAUAAUAAUAUUCUCAACAGUUUUGGAUUUAUUUAUUUUCUGGGAGGACAAGGCACAGUUGACAAGGCGAUGCAACUUAGUGGAACUGACGUUGGAGGAUGGAAUGUGAUUGUUGAGCCUUAUCCUUUUGGGGAAGAUGCUGACUGGUAACACAUAUAGUUUUAUUUUUGGUAUUUUUUUUCUUUCAAUAGCUGAGAGCCAUGGUGAGCCAUUGGCUUGAAAGGCGCCUUGUUUUUUUCUGGUUAAAAACACUACUUUGACCGAACCCUUCAAACGUCUUUGAACCCUAUCACCUACUUUGACUACCAUUUAAAUAUCUUUUAAAACAUUUACGACUUUGAUCCUUAAAGCUUUAGUUGUUGUUGGAUUUGAACAAUUGGAUUUAGUUUUUCAAGUUCUUUGUAUUGGUGUUUUGGAUUUUAUCAAUGUAUAUAUAGCUAACUAUAUAUACUAGUGUGUAUAAGACUAGUCAUGCAUUUCUAAGUUACAGCUCUGUAUUACUAACCCACGUUUGAUGCAUCUUAAUAUAAAACGUAACUUUCAAGAUGUGUUUGAUUAUAUAUUUAUCCAUAUUAUUGCAGGGACCCUAUUGCCAUUGUUCAAGGAUAUGACACUUGUCUUGGGAAAACUGAUAUCAAGAGAAUGUUGUUUGAUCACUUCUCUUCAUGUGGACAGAUCAAGGAUAUCAAGUUUCACAAGAGGUUUGUGCAUUGCUUGCUUCAUCCCUUUUAUUGAAGCAAAUGCCUAACUUGUCUUUGUUUUGAUUGUUUACAGCAGCAUUGGUGUAGCUUCUGUGUCUCUUUAUGGAGAAGGUGCAGAAGACAAGGUGUAAGCUCAGAGAUCUGGAGCUUGACAUGCUGGUGCAUUGACACAGAGAGAGUGUUGAUUGACAUGGUUCUUUGGAGUAUGGCUUGGACAUAUUCAAAGAUUGUUGAAGUUUGGCGUGUUGCUGUUGUGUUACACAUGGACGAUAAUGCGUAACACAUCGACGUGGACAGAAGAAACUAAGACGUGAUGACGUGGAGAGUUCCCAUUGGCUGAUCUUGUUUGGACGUGAUUUACAACUAGAAGAUCUUCAGAUCACAAAUUGGAAGACUUGGUGAUGCUGAUUUUUAGGAAAAGAGAUAUUGCACAAUUGAAAAGAAUUGGUAGCAAUAUAUAGGAAAGCUUAGACUUAGGAUUAAGUCAAGCUUUCAACGUUAUAUUCUCACAGAAACACAAACAAGAGUUUUGGGGUUUCGGGAAGUGAGUGAUUUGUAAACGUGAUCAACAGGGGUUGGUUCAAGCAAAGGGUAGAUUAAGAAUUGGUCCGUGACAAGCCGCGUGUGGCGUUGUGUAAUUCGGAUUAGACAAGUCUUCGUAAAAGACUGUUUAAGUGAUUCUUAAUAAAGAGACAGUUGGUCUUUAAUUCGUGUGCAGAGGUUACUGAGAUUCGUGUUCACAAGAGGAGCAUUGGUGCAGCUGUUGUAGAGCUUUAUGGAGAAGAUGCUGAACAAAAGGUGAUGGAUCUUGAUGGGAGCAUCAUGGUAGGCCGCAAAAUAAGUGUUAAGCUUUAUACUGCGCCGACUGUUUACAGUGUCCACCCUCGUCGUCGACGUAACCGUAAUUAUUAUCCAGUUACAUUGUGUUUUGAUUCUUGAUUCCUGCUUCCUCUUAACCAAGCCUAGGAUGACUUCUCAAGAGUAGAAAAGCUCUCUGAUCUACUGUGAGAAGGCAAAGACAAGCUCCAUGUUGUUUGUAUCUUUCUGAAAUAAAUGCAACCUUUUACUCUAUUACUUUUAUAUGUUUUUUUCUGGAUUUUAAAAUAAACUAUGAUCAUCAUCUGCUUUCA